GGCCAGCCUGGUGAUGAAUUCUUCAUUAUCCUCGAAGGGGAAGCUAAUGUGCUACAGAAACGAAGUGAUGACGCGCCUUUUGAUGUUGUUGGUCAUUUGUCUUCUUCCGAUUACUUUGGUGAAAUUGCCCUUCUUCUCGAUCGUCCCCGUGCUGCCACAGUUGUUGCGAAGACGCAGUUGAAAUGCAUCAAGCUGGAUCGUGCCCGUUUUGAGCGUGUAAUGGGACCUGUUCGUGAGAUCCUCAAACGUGACGUGUCUAACUAUAACUCUUACGUCAAACUGAUGACUUAA